AAUAUUAAAAAUGCGGUGAAAAUAUUAACUUCUCAUUCUUUCAAAAGAUAUUAUCACGUCUGUAAAUGUAAUCUUUCGGACCCCAUUAUCACUCCGGUUUAUCAUGAAAAAAUGAAUUUGGUUAAUAAAUAUUUACCGUAUCGAUACCACGAAGAUUUCGUUAUUCGUCGGAAAUUCAAUCCAUGCCCACUGGCAUCUAUUUUCAUUUUAUUACUUCUAAAUUCUUUCGUGCACGAGAUUCAUUCGGUUGUUCCAUAUUCAUUUAAGGUUAAAGAAACACAAUACGACCCCUCAACCCAAAUAUACUCUCACGAUGGACAACAGCAACAAGAUAAAAAGCGUUUUGAGGUAUUCAUAGUUGAUUCGAGUACUGAUCCGAGAGACGCAUGUUGGAAAGAUCUGAGUCAUUGCGAGAGGGAAGUCAGAUUAGAGAUAUCUCUCGUUAUAAGAGCUAACACCGACUCGCACGAUUUAAUCGCUGACGCAAUUACAACCAGUACUCAUCCACAGAGGGGCGAUCUCUUGGCGUCUUAUAAUUCGGGGGAUAUUCUCAAAGGUUCUUACCCUUACGUGUCCGCCAUAUAUAGUAACGAUGUCCUGAGCCUAACAGUAGGGCAGCAAGAUAAAAAACCUGACGAAGGAAUUCAAGGUUAUUAUGGUGAUACGAUAUUGGACAACGAUCACGCCCACGUUAAAGCCAGAUGGACCUUGUCGGCGACCGCCUUUGAACUCAACAGAAGAUACAACGUUACUUUAUUAUUCGGGCCCUCUCGAGGCUUGUCCCUUUUCGUGGGGGACAUUCAAAGAGGCCACAUUAAGAUACCCCAAAUGAGGCUCCUAUCAUCCCCUUCCAUGUUUGAUUCUUCCUUGUACAGCGCUUAUAGUGCGCCGGGAAGUUUGGCAGCUCACAGUCAUCAUUACAUAGAUCCUUUAACCGGCAUUACUUUGGAACACACAAGGGUUAAUAGCCUCGAGGAAGGGCAAGGUCAUCUUGAUAAUAACGGAGCUCAAACUGCUUUUGCAAGUAUAUUGGAUAUACAAGUGAUAGGGCUGUCUGGAGAUGCGAAGCUUAGAACUACAAGGUCUCCGCCAGUUAUCAUAGAUUCUAGGGGCUAUCCCGUUUUGGGUCGUUCCGGCCAAAUUCCUCCUCAUCCCCGAAACGCAUUAAGAAAUUCUAGGAAUUCAUAUCGAAUCAGCUUCAUCAACAAUGGGUUCAUCAGAUAUACAUCCAAGGACCCUCACAUGUUAUCGCAAGAUUUCGAAAUUUUUAUCGAUUUUCAAGCUAGGAGUAAGAAUGGCUUCUUAUUUUACGCGGGGAGAGACGUGGAAAAUAUGUAUUUGAAAUUAGAAGACGGAAAUGCGAUAUUAUAUAUCAACACCGAUUACGGGAAAAGACAAGUUAGGCUGGAAAUCCUGUAUCCACCUGGCUACGAAAUCAUGCCAUCCUCUAAGCACCAGAUCAGUGUCAAAAAGACCGGAAAUAAAGUAAUGAUGAGCAUAGACAAUCAAUACGUGCAACAGAAGGAGUUACCUUCCGAGUUUACCCCUUUGAGUCAUAACGAAGAAAUUUAUUUCGACUUUGGUGGAACCAAUAGACCCAUUGGAGACCGAUCGAUAACGAAAACCGAACAUUUUAAUGGCACAUUUUACGAAAUUACGAUAACCAAGGAAACCUCAGACAAGGUGAAGAUAUACCCCGUUGAAUCACUUAUCAGACGCGAACCCGAAGUUCAAGUUUUCGGAACUCUGAGGUAUUUGUCUCGCCAAGAUAUAAACUCGCCGCAGCAUUUAGACGUUUCGUCUUAUUCCUUGGACGAUAACGUCGGCGAGUCGCUUUCCUUUAACGAAUGGAGUAAAGACGGAACCACUUACUUAACAUUAUCCCCUGAAGCAUUCCAAAAAUUGGCGGAUGGUAUGGAAGAUCAAGGCACCACUGAAAUAAGGAGAGGGAAAGUCGGUAGAAUUGUGUCCAUGAAGGUGAUGACCAAUGAACCCAGAGGAAUACUACUUUACGAUGAUAGUUCGGUGCCUGUUUGUUUGGAGAUAUUCAACCAUAGGCUUUACGUUGUUUAUAAUGAUGAUGGACAAACUUACAGAUCCGAGAUAUAUGCCCUGCCUUUGUCUAGAUUGGCCAACAUCAAAUAUGAAUUAACUGAUUCGUCUAUCAAUAUAGAAGUAUCCGAUCAGCCACCAUUAAGAUUCCGCAUUACUUCAUCGCCGAUGAUUUAUGGUAACAUCUAUAUUGGCGGUAAAAGCCCCACUGCCAAAUCCUCACUGCCAACUUUAUCGACCAAUAGCUUCAUAGGAUGCAUUCAAAAUCUUGUAAUUAACAAAGCAUCUACACCCACAUUUAACGAAGACCAUUUGAAUUCGGGUAGACUUAAGAUUUAUAGAGUUGAUAGUUGCAGAUCUCCUUCCCCCAGAUGUACCAGAACGGCUUGUUACAAUAGCGGGUCUUGUCGUGAAGGUUGGAAUAGAACCUAUUGCGAUUGUUCAUUAACCCCUUACGCCGGCGCUAAUUGUCGUGAAGUCGCCCCUACAUUAGACCUGGACGGCAAUCAGUUAAUGAAAGUUAUUUUGCCCAGUAAUUUUACUUCGUCAACGACCGAAAUAGCUUUGCGUUUUAAAACCAAACAAUCCCACAAUAGCAUAGUACUUUUCGCCGACUGCACUUCGGCCGACAAUUUGAAAAUCUUCUUGGAAAAUGGUAGACUAAAAGUCAGCUACGUCAAUAAUGGAUUAACCAACACUGUAUCAUCCCGAAAUUCUUACAUAGAUGGACUAUGGCAUCAAGUUGAUUUCAGAAAAGAUGGUCCUAACGUUAAAGUCCAAAUUGACGAAGAAACUUUCAGAAAUGCUGAUAUAUAUGGAAGUUCAGCUAGACCCAUGACAAUUCAAUCCAUUCAAGUCGGUGGCAGCGAACAAGUCCCCAAUUCUUACUUUCAGGGUUCGAUACAGCACUUGUACGUUAAUGGGAUGCCAUUUUUAAAUAGGGAAGGAACCCCGCCAAUUCCAUCUUCCCAAGUUGUCUACCCGUCUAUAUCUCAUGAUACAACUAUGGAUAAAAGGGAGCAUUACAAGGUGUUUGCGUUCGAUGGAACUUAUUAUUACAAAAAGUUGGACGAUUACCGCAAAUUUCAUCCCACAAACAAUGUUAUCAGAAUCCAAGUCAGAACUAAUAGACCUAGCGGUGGAAUCAUGUCGAUCUCAUCCCCAAACUCUCCGGUACGAAUGAAUCUGGAAGCGGAAAGUGGAAAACCUAAAUUGAUCAUAUCUUACGAGGGGCAACAAUAUCCCAUAUACUCCGACGUUACCUUAAACGAUGGAAAUUGGCACGAUAUAAUAAUAACGCGGGAAAAUGAUGUUAUAACGCUCAAAACUGAUAAUUAUCCCUCUCAAAGACCUUUCCAACAUCAAUUUCCACCUAACAUAGUACCGAAUAUUUAUCAAAUACUUGUCGGCGCUAGUGAAAACAUCGGAGGAGGUUACAAUGGCUACAAUACCGGAGGUAUGGACAAUUUUGUAGGACAAGUCAAAAACCCUCAAUGCGACGGGGUUGAUCUAUCCACAGAUUGGAUCAAGAUGGCUUUUCCUACACAACCAGUUGCACAUCCUCCACCUCAAAAACAGUAUUUUCAACAACCCCAACCUCCUGUAUACAACCCUCGCCCUGUACAGCCAUAUCCGCCUCAAUAUAACCAGCAUAUUUAUAAACAAUAUCAACCUCCACCCCAAGCCCCGCCAACCAAAGGCUAUGUCCAGCCCAGACCUACUCCCCCACCUGUUAAAUCACAACCACAAACUUAUCCUCCUUACCCACAACAAAAGAUAAUUUACAGACCUCCUCCCCCUCCCGUUUAUUACCCCCCUCCCCGCCCACCCCCUCCAAUUCCUCAAACCAAGGCUCCACCAGCCCCACCCCCAUCCAGACCAUGCCUCGUCACCUUCGAUGGAACCACAUAUGCCAAAGUUAUACACCCCCAAAAUAGUCAGUCCAAUUUGGUAGGCAACCGAGAUUUAGAACUUCACUUCAAAACUGGUCAGCAGGGAAAAACAGCCAUUUUAUCUACUAGCGAUAAACAGCCUGGUGGAGACAGGGGUAAUGCAUUGCUAUACCUGGAUGAAGCUGGUAGGCUCAAUUUCGUGACUAGAUAUCAAGAUGGAAAUGGGAGGAAAGUUGAUAAGACAUUACAAACCGGGGCAGGUCUUAACGAUAAUCGCUGGCACAAAGUCCGAAUCGUUCAAAGAGGUCACGGAACAGAGUUGAUAGUCGACGACAGAGAAAGGAGCACAAAUUACGAUGAUAUUCCAGGCAUGAAACCAUUGGUAAUAAAUGAAUCCUAUUUAGGAGCCGAUGUUACAGACGCCUUUAGUCAAGAGAAUGUGGCACCCCUGAGAGGGGAAAUUAAGGAUUACACAUUGGAUAAUAAUGAUAUCUUGUGCGACUGGGCUAACAACAGGCGGAGUUCUUACACUGUCCAUUACCCAUUGCGCAUUGAUACCAGCAGAAUUCUUCAAUUCAACGGGAACCAAUUCAUGAAAGUAAUUUUUCCUUAUCCUAAUCCCAAUUAUUUCAGAAACGAGAUAAAUAUGCAUUUUAAUACUAAAAAUCCAAACGGCGUAUUGUUUGCCACUCUUCCUGGGCCCGGUAACGAAAAUCAAGCUUAUUUAUUGGGUAUGCUAGAGAACGGAGUUCUCAAAGUGAUAGCGAGAGAUGGAACUAAACAUAAAGAAAUAUUACUUGGAAAUAAUUUGAAUGACGGCAGAUGGCACAGGUUAAAAGUGGUACACGAUAAUAACAAUCUAUCUGUUUUCCUAGAUGAUUACCCUCACAUCACGUCUCAAGUUUUCGACAGACCAGGUGGCACUAACUUGAUUCUUAAUCAAGCACAUUUCGGUGGAUUUGAAACAAACAUUUCUCAGUACGCUCAUUUGCCUGGCUUCACAGGUUAUCUUAGAGAUAUUAGCAUCAACUCACGAGAUUUUAUACGUAUGCAUACUCAAUCUGGCAUAAGAGACGGCUACUCUGUGUACUACCCUUGCGAUAUAAAUCGUCCAAGACCCAUAACGGAACCUCCUAUAAUUCCUAUAGUAACUCCUCCUACCCCUCCCGUCAUAAUCACUCCUAUUAUCCCUCCCGUGAUAGUCACCUUUAGUAGUUCGCCAUCGAUUACACCAACCUCGGCCUACAUUGUGUCAGGAGAACCACCCGUUAUAAUUCCUGGAGGUUUUGUCCAAUCCUCUUCAGACCUACUUAGACCACUCAAGAGUCACCUAGUAUCAGGGUGGGGUGGCCCAGUUUUAGCUGCCAUAGCUGCUUUGUUUCCCCUAUUAGCUGGAAUUCUUUGGGCGCUGUACAAGUGCAAACCCGGUUUGUGCGCCGGCCCAAUGUGGGGUCGGGGAGGUGGCGGUAAAGCUAUAGGGAGCGAUUAUAAAUCUAUCCCACUCGUUUCGCAUGAUGUACAAGUUGUUGAACAACAACAGAAACCUGUGGUUGGAUAUUUGAGCGGUGCUGAUGCUGGUAUGUAUAGUCAAGUGCAGAGAACUCGGAGGAAGGAGGAAGAAGAAUUUAUGAUAAGAGAAGGAGGUACUGGAGCUACCGUUGCCACAGGACUUGGAUCUUCCAGAAACAUUUCAUCUGCCACAGAUAAUAGACGUGAAACCUACUUAUCUAAUGAAUUAGACACAAGUGUAAAAGCCUUGACCAGAGCAUUAGAUAGGGAAAGGAGUGAAAGACAACAUCUGAUAACUCCAUUGAAUGUUCCGGCGCCCCAUCAACCCGGUAGGGUUGAAAAAGAAACCGAAGAAUACACUAAGGUCGUUAGAUAUGGACGAGAUGGUAGAGGCCCCGGUUAUUGGGGAGGUCCGGCACCAUUUAUUGCUCCUUCCCACGAGGAAGCCCGCCCUGCUUCGGGCUAUGAUUACCAAAUACAAAGCAUCAACACCCUUAAUAGAUCGUCGAGAGAAAGAAAUGAUCCUAGGUUUAAAGAAUCAACAAGAAUGUAUGAUCAAGACGCGAGAUACGAGGAAUUUCGCACAGACGGCAGUAGUGGAUCGCCUCCAUAUUUCAUCGAGACACCUAGAGUCGCCACUUUAAACUCCAGACCUGAAGAUACUCUCUUGUCAGGCCCUCCUCAAUCUAUGAUGGCCAUUGAAAGCCUCAUAGUUACACCCGAUAAUCUCAACGUUAUAACCGGAUCCGAUACCGUCCCCCCACAAAUUUGGAAUUUAGAAACCGGCCAAAUAUCCAAAAUAUUAGAAGGAGAGGAAGGAUCAUCUGACUUAUAUUUAGCUUCAAACAACGAUAGAGUCUUAGUUGGUUUGGCACUGAGCGAACCAAUACCAUCAUCAACUCCGAUCCCCAAGAAAAAGUUAACGACCUGGGACAUCGAUUCUGGAAAUAAAACUAUGACCUAUGGCAAAGAUUCGUUCUCGGCCUUAACCCUUCUCAAUGACAAACGAACAGCUGUUCUGACAUCCUUCGAAGAAAAUUCUCCGGGUAAAGGUAACGAGGUUAACGUUACCCUAUUAGACGUAUUAAAUGGCGGAGCCGUUGACAAAAGACUCAGCUAUACCCCUACUUUCCCACUCAAUAAUGUUCGGGCAUUUUUACGAAAAUCCUCUGACGAUAAUUACAUUUUAGCAGGGUUUUAUGAAUCUUCCCAACAAGCCUCUCCACAUGUUAAAUCUAUAGACGAUGGAAACUCUGGGGGCCUGUGCAACGUCAUAAUAGUUGACUUAGGCGAAAUUAAACGCGGUAACACGGACUCCAAAGCAUUCAGUGUAACCGUAACGAAUCCAGAAUGCGUAGUGAUUCUCAAUCCCGACCGAGCGGCUACCGGUUCUCCCAAAGGGGAAUUAACUCUCUGGAACUUGAGCACGGGUAAAAAGCAAGGUCAUUUGCGCGAGGCCGGAAAUUGUGCUCACCUAGGGCCUGUUACGGCCCUCACCGCCUCCCCCGAUGGUAGGUACCUAGUAUCAGCUUCGAAGGACACGAGUAUCAAGUCCUGGCAGGAUUUAGGCAAUAGGGAAUUCGUGCAUAAAAUAGCCUUCCACGGGCAUAAAGGACAGGUGACGUGUUUAGACCUAUCUAGGGACGGUAAAUUGUUGGCGUCCGGCUCAACGGAUAAAAUGAUCAGAUUAUGGAAUUUCGAAGAUGGAAGCCAUUUGUGUUCGUUCGAAACAUCGACCGAAAUCUUGAACAUCAAAAUUAGCCGAGACAAUCGAACCAUAGUCGCGAUAGGUCAGCGGGACGGAAUCAAAAAACUUAUCAUAUUGAAAGUAUUGCCCUGAACGAACGAAUUUUCCCCCCAUCCACUCUAACCCGAUCCUUCUUAGCAUAAUAAUUAUAAAGAGGGGGAAAUGGGAUGAGAAAGGAGAUUAAGAAAACUUUGCGAUUACGAUAUCUCAAAAACAUUUACAAAAAAUAA